CUCAAGGAAAAGAAAAAGGGUUCCUGCACAAGAUCCAUUUUUUGCCUCGCAGAAAUGGAUCCGAUGCGCAGUCGUGCCGACCAGUCACCGGCCACCUUUGGUUUGGCUCUGUGUAACAGCGUCUAAAGUUGUCGCUUUUUUUUAUUAUUAUUCUUGCUUUUCUCCAUGGUCACAGGUUUUAGUGCCUCGUUUUUCCCAAUCAUUAGCUUGGCAUGGGGAAUCAGAUUUCCAGAAAACGACAUGACGGCAAAAGCAGCAACGGCAGCGUCGCCACCGGUCGGUCUACUUUAGCCGAUGAUGGGUUGGCCACCUCAUCCACCUACAGUCAGCCCAAAUUCCGCCUCGAGUAUUGUUAUCCAAAUACACCCAUCGAAACCAAUCGGCAACACAAUCAGCACUAUAUGCUUAAACACGUGUUUCAACAGAGUUACUUUGCUCCCGUCGAUACCAUGCUCGCUCAACCCGAUGCCCACGUCCUCGAUCUAGGCUGUGGUUCUAGCGCUGUUUGGACAAUAGAUAUGGCGUCGGAUUUCCCUCGGGCGACUUUCUAUGGACUUGAUAUAAUCGAUGUCUCCGAAUCGCAAAAGAAUAUCCAUGUUCCUUCCAACUGUCGAUUUGAAACGGGAGACAUCUUGGAAGGAAUCGGACACGGCAAUGAGACCGUCGAUUAUGUGCACCAAAGAAUGAUGUACAACGCAUAUCACGACGACGAUAUUGGCUGGGUGAUGCAAGAAAUCAUGCGGGUGCUGAAACCGGGCGGCUGGGUAGAUCUCGUCGAAGUCGAUAUUGUUCCUAAAAGAGCUGGUCCUCUUUUCGCUCAACUUUGUGACGGCUUUUAUCAGAUACUCCGCAAACGUCAUAAACGCAUCUAUCACGGUCCUCGUCUCCGACGCAGCUUGAAUGAUGCAGGCUACAUCGAUGUCCAAUGCGACUAUGCAUCGAUACCCGUAUGUUGGGGUGGUUACCUUGGCAAAAUGGUUUACGAGGACUUGCUGGUACUUUCUCAACAUAUUGGCCCUCUAGUAUACAAUUAUCUCGAUAUGGAAGGCGAUUUUAGGCAGGCUCACUAUGACGCAUUUAUUGACAAGGCCUUUAACGAGUGUGUGGAAUAUCAAACGUUCUUUAACAUCCAUUGGGCGUCUGGAAAGAAACCAUUGGAGCCGGCAACGUAGCCUGUUGUCGGAACCGAACCCGAGAUAAAAAUAGAACAACAGGAAAUUCCUCCUCUCUCUUACAUUGUAAAUUGUGAAUUGUAGCAUAUUGUGCGCACACGCUUUUUUAGACUUUAUACAAUAGACAUUGCAUUAAAAAUCACCACCAU